AUGAGCGGUCAAAUCGAUCUGACCGAGUAUCUGUUUCGACGACUUUAUCAACUGGGAGUUAGGAGCGUCCAUGGAGUUCCGGGUGACUAUAACUUGACGGCGCUGGACUACGUUUCAAUUGCUGGACUCAACUGGGUUGGCAACGCAAGCGAGCUCGGUGCUGGUUAUGCAGCAGAUGGGUAUGCCAAAAUCAAGGGAUUGUCGGCGGUGAUAACCGCCUCGGGGGUUGGCGAGCUCUCGAUCAUAAAUGCUAUUGCAGGUUCCUACGCCGAAAUGGUGCCAGUUGUUCACAUAGUUGGAACACCGCCUAUUCCUGCCCAGGAUGCCCGUCUGGUCAUGCACCACACUUUGGGAGACGGCGACUUUCGAAUAUUUGCAGACAUGGCCGCAAAAAUUACCUGUGCGCAAGCUAGCCUUCGAGAUCCGAUCAUGGCAAUUGCCAUGAUCGACGAAACGAUCCAGCAAUGUAUUCUACAAAGUCGUCCUGUCUACAUCGAACUACCUACGACCCUGGUCCGUUUGAAGGUGUCGGCUGCUGAACUUGAUAGGCCGAUCAAUCUCUUGAUUCCGGAGAAUGACACACACCUUGAGGAACAAAAAGCCAGCUUGAUCUUGGAAAAGAUUUACGCCGCAAAGCAGCCGUUUAUUGUCGUCGACGGGCUAACAUCACGUUUCGGCUUCGCCGAAGAGGUCGGAGAGCUAGUUCGUGCUACUGGCAUCGCCACGGCAGCUACGCCCUUUGGGAAGGGCAUAAUCAACGAACAUCUCUCCAAUUUUCAUGGAGUGUAUGCAGCAAACGCCGGGGAUCCAGCUUUCGAGUCCUGGGUUCACAAGUGCGAUUUAGUGCUAUACUUCGGACCUCUAAUGUCGGACUUCAACACCUAUGGGUUCAUCACUAUCCCCGAACGCAAGCGGACCAUAGCCUUCCAUCGUAACGUCAUCGAAAUCGGAGACGAAAGACUUGAAGCCUUGCGGGUAAAGUCAUUCCUUAGAAAAGUCCUGAAUUUGAUCGACCAGACGAAGUUGCACACCAACAUUCACAUGGAAUUACCCGAUCCAGUGCUCCAGUUGAAAACCCUACCCUCUGCAGCCCCGGACGGAAAUAUCGAUCAACAUACAUUUUGGAAACGAAUAUCGUCCUUCUUCCGUACGAAUGAUGUUAUCUUGGUAGAAAGCGGCACAUCAUCACUUGGGGGUUCCGAAAUGGUCCUUCCACCAAACACCACAUUUAUUACUGGCGCAAUCUGGUUAUCCAUCGGCUACAUGCUGGGGGCGGCGCAGGGAGUAUCUCUAGCAUUGAGAGACGCGUCAAAAGACGGUCUGCGACCUGCCGCACGAACCAUUGUGUUUGAAGGCGAUGGCAGUUUUCAGAUGACCGUCCAGUCGAUCAGUGAUAUCAUUCGGAAUCGCCUCGACGUGACCAUCUUCGUCAUCAACAACGACGGAUAUGUCAUUGAAAGGUUGGUGCACGGUAUGACUGCCGAAUACAACGAUAUCCAACCUUGGAGAUAUCUGGAGGCAUUCAGUUUCUUCGGGGCCCCUAGAGACGAUCCCGCGUACCCUAUUGUGACGAGGAGAGUGGAGAACUGGGGUCAAUUGAAUGAUGCUUUGGCAGAGGACCCUGUGCAGCAAGGGAAAGGCUUGAUUAUGGUCGAAGUUAUCAUGGGUCGAGAAGACGUGCCUGCAUCCUUGAGGAGGUUAGUCGAGGGCGCCAAAAACCGAAAUGCAGGCCCGUGA